AGGAAGUGAAGCAGGUUCCAGCAAGGCUGAGACCUUGCAGACAGAGCCGGUGAGGAAAAUGAAGCUCCCAAUUUUCAUAGCAGAUGCGUUCACUGCAACAGCUUUCCGUGGCAAUCCUGCUGCUGUCUGCCUCCUCGAAAAUACACUGGCUGAAGAUGUCCAUCAACAAAUUGCAAGGGAAAUGAACCUCUCGGAAACGGCUUUCAUCAGGAAACUGAAACCAAGUGACAACUUCACACAAAGUCCCUGCUUUGGACUAAGGUGGUUUACACCAGCAAGUGAGGUUCCUCUGUGUGGUCACGCCACCCUGGCAUCUGCGGCUGUGCUGUUCCACAAAAUAAAGAACACAAACAGCACUCUAACCUUUGCCACCAUGAGUGGGGAGCUAAAGGCCAGAAGAGCAGAGGACAGGAUUGUCUUGGACUUUCCUCUCUACCCAGCCUUCCCCCAGGACUUCCAUGAAAUAGAAGACUUAAUAAAGGCAGCCAUAGGUGACACCCUGGUCCAGGAUAUUCGGUACUCUCCAGAUACCCGAAAACUCCUGGUCCGGCUCAGCGACUCUUAUAACAGGUCCUUUCUAGAGAGCCUGAAGGUGAACACAGAACCUCUGCCUCGAAUUGAAAAGACAGGGAAGGUGAAAGGACUCAUUCUCACUCUGAGAGGAGAGCCUGGGGGGCAGACACCCCAGUAUGACUUCUACUCCCGGUACUUUGCACCAUGGGUUGGUUUGCCUGAAGACCCAGUGACAGGAUCUGCGCACACCGUUCUCAGCAGUUACUGGUCCCAGCAGCUUGGAAAGAAAGAGAUGCGAGCCUUUCAGUGUUCCCGCCGAGGAGGGGAACUGGACAUUUCCCUGAGACCUGAUGGACGAGUUGACAUGAAGGGUGGCGCUGCUAUUGUCUUAGAGGGCACACUGACAGUCUAGAGACACGUAUGCUGGGCUGUGGCCACUGCAAAACACAGUGUUUCCUCUGUACCAAAUACGAAAAGAAAAACCCAAGCCAAACCAACAACAAAUGCCCAGAUGGGCUUCAGCAAGCCCAACGACCAGUGCCCUCAACCCUCUUGUGAAGAACAGAAAGGGAAGCCAGUUGUUGGAGGGCAGAUAGUGUCUCCAGACUCCUUAGCUGAUGAGGGACUCUCACUUCUCUUCCCUGUGGGCCACAUAAACAUAUCCUCUCCAUCCCCUGAGUUUCCAAAGACAAACUAAGGUACAAUGCCACCAAAGUUCCCCCAGGGCACCAGUGAGCUAUUGGUCUUAGUUACAGAGCACAGGAGAGGGGUUGCAUAGACAAGCGUGGGUGUGCUCCUCUGAGAGGUGGCGCCUGGAAAGGCUUUUAUCCAGCAAUGGUGACUUUCAUGUAGCAGCAUAGGUGACCUUAGUCUUCGCUGGCCUAUAUCCCCUAGCCUGUUACUGGGGCUCUGCGUGGGAUUAGGCAACAUUUCAUACCACAGAUGGAAGGGAGAGGCUAGAUACUCAGGGGAGGGAGGGUCCUGUGACCUCUCCACCACUCUACGAGGAGAUAAAAGCAGAAAAGAACCCAGCAGAGAUGAUCAUUUGCAAGUGGGACAGCUGAACUCUGAGUACCACCCAGAGUGACAGGCAGGAAAACAUUUCACGAUGUAAUCACACUAAGAAAGGACAAGUAGGCUGGAGACUGUUAGGGAGGUUGUCCUAUGAUGAUGAGGUAUUUGGAUUUGUAUGAGCUGUGAUGAUAGCAAAAUGAAACAGUUUGUGUUGAGGGACAAUGUAAUUUCAGUGUAGCUAAAAUGAACAAAACAAUGAUUUGGGGGCUAGCAAGACUGCUGAGUGGCUAAAGCACUUGCUGUCAAGGCUGACAACCUGAUUCAAUUCCUGGAACCCACACAGUAGAAACAGAGAACCAGCUCCUGCAUGUUGUCCUCUGACUUAUAUACAGAUAGGUGCUGUAGAAUGCAUACACCCACACAUGUACAAAAAACAAAUAAAUGUAAUAAAAAUCA